AUUUCCAUUACUCUUUUUUUUUGUCCGUAAUUGUUGUUAUUUUAGUAAUGGAUGAUUUGAAGAAGGUGCUUAAAUUUCCAUCUAACCGUUUCAAUUUCUAUUGUUUUGUUUCAUCAGUUUCAAGAAGGUGUUUUCGAUUACCCCGUGGAAAAAAAGAGGAAAGUGAGCAUCGGUGUGAGGAGCUAGUUACACAAAUUCAUGUGUCUACGAUGCCACUCCUGGGGCAGAUAGAAGCUAUGCAGGAGACAACUGCUAGAAGGGAAGAAGCUUGGGCUGGUGUGGAGCGAUCCCUUAACUCUCGGCUCCAGGAGGCAGAGGCCAAAGAAUCAGCAGAUGUGGAAAAUGAGAGACUGCUAGGUAUUUCAGAUCUCAUGUCUUAGAUCCGAGCAAACACAGUUAAGUUGAUCUCUUGAAAAAAAGAGACAGAUAGCAUAUGAAAAUCGAUAGGAAUAUCUGGCAGCACAAGAGUCAGUUUCUACCUAUGAAGUUCGUGUUAACCAACUUGAAGAAGAAAUUAAGGAGCACAAUAAGAAACACAGACACGAACUGAUGGAUCUAAUGUCAUACAAGGAAC